CCUCUGACGCUGUCACCGCCUCUCUGUCUCUGACAAGCAGGAAAAACUCGGACUUUUAUACCGAGGCUAAAUUUAGGGGGCUGGCCGGGGCGCAGCGUCCCCAUCCUGGACGCGCUUCCUUCCCCCAGCGUCGCACUGGUCUGAUUUGUGCUGCGAACAAUACUUAUAAGUAAAGCUUCUCCUUCAACGCGUACAGCUACACGAGUGAAGAGCAACAACUCACCGGACCACAGAAGAAGCAACGCGCUCCGUAGUUUUUUUUCUGGAGACUCGGUGUACUCCCUUUAAAACGGAGAACGUUUGUUUUCUUAAUAUUUAAGGAAGUUUUUCUGCUUUUUUAGAAAUGGCCCUGAGUGGGACGAUUUUACCAUCAAUCUCUACAUUUGCCAACCAAAAGGAGAAAUGUUGGGAAGAUAGGUGGAAGGGCGACAUGACCGGCGUCGCGCUUAACAUGAACAGCAGCUACCUCGGCAGAAAAGACGAAGAGGACCUCGAUAAGUUCUUGGAUCUUGAAUUUAUUCUCGCUAACACCACCGUGUCCGACAGUGUGCCAGCCGCUGGGACUGGCACAGAGUCCUAUCGGCUCCAGGAGUCCGGGGUGUCCCUGUAUCACCCGCAGCAGCAGCACCACACCGGGAUGCCCCAGCAGCCGACCAAUUACUCCUCUGUCCCGGACAUGAACAGCCCUCCGCCGCCCUACAACAGUCUGAUGGCGGAGCUCCUUCGCUCCGACGUGGAUACCAGCUUCCUCCCCGGGAACAGCAGCAUCCAGGGCAGAUUCCUGAUCAGCUCUGCGCCUUUCCAGACCACUCAGGAUUUAUUCCCCGAGCAUCCGAACGUUAAAGUAGAGCCCACCUCCAUGGACACGUACGGACCCGUCAUGGGUCUGGUGCCUCAGAGCUGCGCCAAAGUCAAGCACGAGGGGAACGUCUCCUGCAUGAUGUCAUACGAGCAGCAGCCGCGGCUGGCCAACUCCCCGCAGGCCGCAGUGGGCAGCAUGACGCCGCCUCUCAGCCCGGACGACAUGAUGAGUUCCGAGUGCCACCAGCCCCAGAUGUGUAAUUCCACCUCUCUGACAUUUCCGCAGCAGACCUUCCACCGCUGCGCGCCUGGGGGAUUCCCUCACCCGCACACGGGGAUGCAGCUCCCUUUCCCCGGGGCGCUCCAUCACCAGUUCCCCGGUAUGUUCGGGGAGGACGCAGCCAUGGGCAUGCAGCAGCCGGCGGCCGGUCAGCGGGUCCUGCUCACCCCGCCGUCCUCCCCGCUGGAAAUGAUGGACACCAAGCCAAAGAGGGGCCGCCGGUCCUGGCCGAGGAAACGGACUGCGACACACACGUGCACUUUCACUGGCUGCGCAAAGACCUAUACCAAGAGCUCCCACCUGAAGGCUCAUCUCAGGACACACACAGGAGAGAAACCAUACCACUGCAGCUGGGAAGGCUGCGGCUGGAAGUUCGCUCGUUCGGAUGAGCUCACACGUCACUUCCGGAAGCACACCGGACACCGGCCGUUCCAGUGUCACCUCUGUGAACGGGCCUUCUCCCGGUCAGAUCAUCUCGCCCUGCACAUGAAAAGACACAUGUGAGGAAAGACCAAAUGUCGCAGACACGGACUUCCAUGCACCACAUCAAAAAACUAUAGUAAUCCUAUGAUCCGCUGUAGGAUGCUGUGGAGAUAUAUAGACUAUCAACUAUACGACAGCAUAAACUGCCAUACAGUAUGACGAGGCCACUUUGACCACACUGUAAUACCUAUAGGCAUAUUAUAGGAUUAUUACUGUGUUUUUUCCUGGGGGCAAGAGGAGCAUCAAGAUUAGAUGCCCUCACAUGAUAUUUUGUGAAAAGACUUAUUUAAAUGUUAUUUUUGUGAGAAACAAAUUACAGAACAAGGAGGACACACAGCCAGAAACAGAUCAAUUCUGUUCCGACCAAAACAAUUUUUUACAAACUAUGUAGCUGGUACUACUUUUUGUAUGAAAUGCCGUUAAUAUAGACAACAAAUAAAAGAACAUUCCACUCAACAUGUCAGGCACAUGCCACUAAAGCAACUGGAAGCAGACAAUCCUUUGAAGAUUAUUUUGUAUUUUCACCAUUAGUGCCUUUUAUAACACAAUAUUACACAUCUUACAAGUGCCAUAUUCUCCACUGGCUAGAGGACAAUCAAAGUUUUAUUCUGUGGGUUAUAUUGUUAUGGGAAAUAAGCUUUAAAGACAAUGUUUUGUUCUAAAACUGCCUUCCAUUCUGUCCUCCCUCAAGGCUUGAAUAGGAUGUUGUGUCUGUGAGUCUGUCUGUUGUCUUGUAGCAUUUGAAGUCCAGGUUUUUCAGUAGGAGGUCUCACAGAAGUGCAUGCCAUCUCAACCUGUCACCUGAUUGACAAAGGGCUACACAGUCUUUAGCAAAAAGACUUUUCUGUUGGUGUCUUGAAGAAAUGUACUACCUUGUAAAUUGUUUUUUUUAUAUGAUAAUGUAAAUAGUUUAUUUUAAUGUACAUAUUAAACUAAAUGAACAUGA